ACUCGUUCAGUUUGGCUCGGUUCUGCAACACGCGAGGUAGUGUUUUCUUUUCUAUAUAUAUUUAUAUAUUUACACAUAUAUACAUAUAUAUAUAUAUAUAUAUAUAUAUACAUAUCGAUAAAAUAUCGUGUAGUGUGAAUGUGUUUUUUUUUCUGGCGCAAAAAAUUUUUAUUUUUGAAAAAUUUUUAGUUCUUAGUGAAUUGAAAAACUUUUCUUUUUUUGAAAAUUUACCAUUGUUCUUUUUUUUUCUUGUUAUUUAAAUGAAAAGUGAAAUUUGUCGUGAAACAAUUUUGUGCGUGAAAAAGUGAGAUUUUUGGAAAUAAUCUGGUUUUCUUUUUUCUUCAAAAUUGAAAGGAUCGAGAAUCAAAUAUUAUGGGGUGUCCUGCUUGUUUAUUGAUGUGCUGCUUGUUGAUCAUUGGUCACAUUCAAGAAUCAUUGGAAUUGAAGAUAAAAGAUGUGAGCAUUCCAGAGACAGUGAGGGAGGGAAAGGAGGAUUUUGUGAUUUUAGAUUGUGAUUAUGAUCUUGAAGGAACUUCUAGUACACUUUUAGUUGUGAAAUGGUGGUACUUUAAGGACGAUAAAUCAUCGUCAGAUGAUGGCUAUGUUGCAUAUCAGUGGAUUUAUGGACGACAACCAACGGCUGAACCCAGUUUUCAGAAAUACAUAGACGUUCAAUACAAAGCGAGCGAAGAUCCCUAUACAAUGUAUCGCGCUAUGAAAUUGAUUAACCCCAGUGUCGAUCUUACUGGCACGUAUAUGUGUGACAUCUCAACUGUUGCCGACGAAACUCAAGCCAAAGGCUCCAUGGUUGUUUACUCAACGGAAAAAAAAUUUAAAUUGAUCACGAGAAGAACUGUCGUGGAAGAAAAAGAGGGUUUGGAAGUGACGUGUCUCGCCGAAGGGCUAUAUCCUCAACCCACUCUCGACAUUUCCGUUGAGGGAGUUGAGACAAAAUAUUCAACGAAACCGGUAGUUACAAUGGCGCCGGGAUCGCAAUAUUACGAUAUUUUGACAAGAGUCGACUUGCAGGAUGAAGAUUUGCCCGAGUUAGCAAUUCUGAAGUGCACCCUCAGCAUACCAAUGGCUAAUUAUAACGUCUCCCGUGAAUUAAUCUACCAACCUGUUAAUAAUGCCAGCAAAAGGUCGUUAGCCCUGGUCCUAAUAAUACUUCAAUUCCUCUUUGUUUUAAUAUAGAUUAACUAGUCUCGAGAGAAUUCACUUUUUUCCGCAAAAAAAAAAACAAAAAUUCAAGAAAGAACAAAUCCAAAAUGAAGAAUUUACUAUUCAAUCAGAGGAAAAUUUACUAAACAAUUAAAUUACUAGAUUGAUAAAAAAAAUUCAUCAAACUAGAAAUUCUUUCGAAAAAUCUAUACUUUUAACUAAGUAUAAUUUUAAAUCUAUAAAGCAUUAAAAUUAUAAAAAGAAAAAAAAUUUAAAUUGAUAAAAACGAAUUACCGGAUCGAAAAUUUUAUGGUAAAUUUUGUAAAUAAUCGUACUUGUAAAUAUUGAAACAAAAUUGUAAAAAAAAAACAAGAGGAAUUUUUAUGCGCAUAACAUGAACUCUAAAUGUAAAAGUAAAAUUUUAUUGUCUAUGGAAUAGAAAAUUAUUUAUAAAAAUGAAAACACAUUCAAAUCCGUAUGGAGUAUAAAUAUGAAAUAUUAAUUUCUAUACGUGAUGAGAAUGAAAUUUUUUUCUGUAAAAUAAUAACAGCUACACUAUUACUAUCAUCAUAUCUAAAAUUCUUUUUGCAAUUAAUGCUUAAAAUCAAUUGCAGAAAUGAAAAAAAAAAUUAUACACAGUGUGGAAAUGUAUUUCUGUAAAUAUAACACGUAAAAUUAUUA